CUUACGUACAUGUGAGAGGAGUAAAAAUGUCAGAUUAUAUCAGGAAAAGGUUUGAAUUUCCAAAUUCUCUUAUCCAAUCACAGGCUGCAGGUCAUCUUAUUGCUGCAGUUCUAAAGGAGAAUGGUUUUUCAGAAAAGAUCCACCAGUCCACAAACCAGACUCCUGCUUUGAACUUGCUGUGGGAGAAGUGUUGCAGUGAUAAUGUCGUGGUUCGAACAGCCUGCUGUGAGGGUCUGGUAGCCCUUGUCGCUCAGGAUCUUGCGGAGUUCAGCUAUGUUCUCAAUGGGAUUCUCAACCUGAUUCCAUCGACCAGGGAUACACACGGCUUGAUAAAAGCCAUUAUGAAAUUAUUACAAAUGCAAGCUCUUAAGGAAGGACAUGGUGGAGAGAAGAAUAUUCAGGAUAUAUAUAAUAUUAGAAACCAUCCUCAGCCUUUGAUCACUGUGCUUGAACACAGACCUGAUUGCUGGCCAGUACUUUUGCAACAGCUGACAACUUUUUUCCAGCAAUGCCCUGAAAGGUCAGAAGUUUCAUGUAUCCAAAUAAUGGCACCGUUUCUAUGGUAUCUGUAUUGUGAACCAUCCCAGUUACAAGAAUAUGCUAAACUCCGACUAGCUCUGCUCAAAGUCUUACUUCACCCCCGGGUUCUUUGUGACAAAGAACAGCCAUCAAUAUUGGAACAACAGAUGCUACAACUGUGUUGCGACAUGGUUCCAUGUUUGCAGGUAAGAGAUUUGAUACAGACAACAGAAGUGAUGCUGUUUAUCGAAGAAGUAUAUUUAAGCCUUCUGCGUCAUCCUGUUUUCUGGAAAAUUCAGCUUAUCCAGAUGACCCUUCAGCUGCUGUGUGUCUGUGAAGUCAGCUUAAACAUAACUGGGGAAUGCUCAUCUUUAAUUCACCUUUUAGAGCACAGUGUUGAACUUCUGAAGGAGGAUUUUCCUGUUGAACCCGUCAUAAUUGGAAUAGCUUUACUACUACUACAGACUCCGGCAAGUCAGCAGAAGCCAAUCCUAAGUCUAGCUCUGAAGCUUCUCUCUUCUGCUGAGGGUCAGAAAAUCCCAAAGUCCUCCUUGCUGCUAGUGAUGCCAGUUCUGCAGAUAUUAUCUUCUACUGCCUUGAAAGACUGUAUAUCCCCAGACGAACAAGGACCCUCUAGGCAGCAGUUGGCUCUAAACCUUUUAGAAAUGGUACAGCAGGAGUGCUACAGAGACGACCACCAAAAGCUCUCCUGCAAGCUUGUGUUCCCCAUAACCAGCAUGUAUGGGUCAGUAUUUACAGCCUGGAGGAUCCUUGAAGUAAUGAGAGAAGAGUCUGCGAUAAGUGACUGGUUAGCUUCCGUAGAGUCAUUGCUCCCUAUUACCACAGCGAUCCCUGCACAUGUUUUUCUUCUGCUGGCUUACCUCCUUGUUGAAGAUAAAGGACGAAAUCUUCGUCAGAUACUGAAGGUCACUACAGAAUUUGCCCAAGCUGAUUCCUCUCAGGUACCAAAUCUGAUUCCAGUUUUGAUGUUCAAAUUAGGAAGACCACUGGAACCUGUGUUAUACAAUGAUAUCUUGUAUACUUUGCCUGCACUUGGUGUUCACAAGGUGUGCAUAGGACAAAUUCUACGAGUAAUUCAACUUCUUGGAACCACUCCGCAACUGAAAGCUGUCACUUUGCGCUUGUUGACUUCUUUGUGGGAAAAACAGGAUCGUGUCUAUCCUGAACUGCAGCGUUUCAUGGCCAUGUCCGAUGUGCCUUCUCUGUCUGUGGGCAAGGAGGUCCAAUGGGAGAAACUGAUAGCUAAAGCAGCAUCGAUCAGAGAUAUAUGUAAGCAAAGGCCAUAUCAGCAUGGUGCAGAUAUGUUGGCAGCUAUUUCCCAGAUGUUGAAUGAAUGCACCAAGCCUGACCAGGCUACUCCAGCAGCCUUGGUGUUACAAGGUCUUCAUGCACUCUGCCAGGCUGAGGUGGUUUGUAUUCGCUCCACUUGGAAUGCUCUCUCCCCAAAGCUGAGUUGUGACAUGAGACCUCUCAUUUUGAAGACCCUCAGUGAACUGUUUUCUCUGGUUCCUUCCUUAACAGUCAAUACAGCUGACUAUGAGAAUUUUAAAGUUCAAGUCCUCAGCUUCCUCUGGAACCACACUCAAAACAAGGACCCAGUUGUAGCAAAUGCUGCAUAUAAAUCUCUGUCACACUUCGGUGCCAGGGAGCACACCAUUCUUCAUCUGCCUGAAAAGGUAAGACCAGAAAUCCAAAUCCCUGAUGACCUAGAUGAAGAUGAGGAGGGUGAUGAAAAGGACGUGGAUCUUUCCAUUCCUGGUUCUUGCUAUCUCAAACUGUUGUCACUCACUGCUCCUUCCGUUUUACCAGCUUUGGAGGAAUUUUUCACAUCACUUGUGAAGCAAGAAAUGAUGAAUAUGCCCCGUGGGGUGUAUCACUCUGCAUUAAAAGGAGGUGCCCGCUUAGAUCAAGGAAAGACUGUAGCAGGAAUCCCCAAUUUUAUGUUGAAAAUGUAUGAAGCAAACAAGCAACCAGGUUUGAAACCUGGCCUUGCGGGUGGUAUGCUAUUUUGUUAUGAUAUUUCAAUGUAUCAGAGUAAAGAUGGCAAACCAUUGAAUAGACUGAUGGCCAAUAGAGGGCGAAGUUUCAAGCAGACUUCACUCGCUCUAGUGCAUGAGGUUCACAUCCAACUUUCCGAGUGGCACCGUGCAAUUUUUCUCCCACAGGCCUGGCUCGCAUAUAUGACUCGUGCUUAUCAUGCCAUUUUACAGGGGAGGAUAGGAGAGCUGGAGUUGCAGUUAAAACAUGGAAAAGAAGGACCUGAGGAGGUGCAAUACAAAAAAAGCACAGCCUGGCUCUGGGUUCGGGACAUGUUGACUGAUGAGGUCACCAAAGCAGCUGCAAAAGACAGCCCAGUGGUCAAAGGCAACGCGCUGUUAGCCUUAAGCAGCCUUGCUGUCGUCGUUUCCAAACAUGAAGCCAGCCUCUCCUCAGACUCUGAGGGUGACCUGGAGGUUCAACCUAAUUUCCUCUCAAUGAAAGUGUGGGUUUCCAUGGUGUUUGAUACUCUUCUGGUCAUUGUCGAUAGCCAUUACCAACCCAGAGGACAACUUUUCUCCUGGUUUUAUUAUAAAUCCUAUUCUGGUGAAAACACAGCUAGUGCCAUUGCACGUUCUGCGGCCGCCACGGCUUUGUCUCUCCUUGUGCCAGUUUUCAUUAUCUCUUGCAAAGAGAAGGUUGAGGAAAUCCUGAACAUGCUGACUGCCAGGUUACCUGGGAAACCAAGUGCUGAUGAGUCUCAAGCCGUGCAAAUCCACAUGGGCCUUGCUUUGGGGAUGUUUCUCUCUCGCUUGUGUGAGGAGAAACUCAGUGAUAUAUCUGGCCAACAGAUGAACCUUCUUCUGAUGAAGUCUUUGGAUGCCCUGGAAAAUUGCUGCUUUGACACUAGUCUUGAAUACAACACGGGCUGUAUACUGGGAGUUGGACUUGUCCUGUCCCUCAUGAGCCACAGCAGCCGAACAGAGUCGCGAGUUCACGUGGCAGCCUCGCUUCGGAAGCUCUCCGUGUACCUAGAUGACAGCGGGGGCCAGAGCAGAACCUUUCAGGAGGUCCUUGCCUAUACCCUCAGCUGUGUAUGUACAUCCGCAUUCAGUGCCGGAAUUGUUGAGGCUGUGGAGGCUGAAGAUAUUAUGAAUAAGCUUCGACUGUUAGUGGAGAACAACCAGCAGACUUCAGGUUUUGCCCUGGCGUUAGGAAACAUAGUUCAUGGUUUGUCUGUGUGUGGACAUGGAAAAGCUGAAGACUUGGGCAACAAACUGCUCCCUGCCUGGAUCAGAAUUGUUCUAACAGAGGGCACCUCCACAAUGCUUUGUUUGGCAGCUCUUCAUGGCAUGGUGGCCUUGGUAGGCUCUGAAGGGGAUGUAAUGCAGCUGAAGUCGGAAGCCAUCCAGUCCUCUCAUUUUCAAGGCAGACUUAAUGAAGUCAUUAGAACUUUAACUCAGGUCAUCAGUGUGUCUGGGGUGAUUGGUCUUCAGUCAAAUGCAAUCUGGCUUCUAGGACAUCUUCAUCUGUCUACUCUGUCCUCAAAUCAAAGUAGAACCUCGGUUCCUACUGACUAUAGCUAUUUGCCUGAAAGCAGUUUUAUUAGAGCAGCCAUUGGCUUCUUCAUUACAGGAGGAAAAAAAGGUCCUGAAUCUGUGCCUCCUUCCCUUCUCAAAGUUGUGAUGAAACCCAUAGCAACUGUUGGAGAAAGCUACCAGUAUCCUCCUGUGAACUGGGCUGCACUCCUCUCUCCACUUAUGAGGCUAAACUUUGGUGAAGAGAUUCAGCAACUGUGUCUUGAAAUUAUGGUGACCCAGGCUCAGUCAUCCCAGAAUGUAGCUGCACUGUUGGGAAUAUGGGUGAUGCCACCACUGAUCCAUGGUCUGAGUCUGAAUAUCAAGAAAUACCUCCUGCUAUCUGUGCCUUCGUGGAUAAAACAUGUCUCUGAUGAACAGAUCGUGGGUUUUGUUGAAAGCUUAAUGGUGACAGUUUUUAAAGCAGCUUCCCCACUCUCCAAACCUGAGUUAUGCCUGAGUGCCUUACAGGGUCUGAGCCAGGCCAUGAAACAGCGCAGCCCUGCCUACCACCUCUGGAGUCUGCUCAGCAAAGCUACUGGGAAAAUUUUUGACCUUCUGCCAAAUAAGAUUCGGAGAAAUGAUCUAGAGCUGUAUAUCAGUGUAGCAAAAUGCCUCUCGGAAAUGACAGACGAUGAAGCCAAUCGGGUUGCCCAGAUUACUGAGAACAGCCUAGAAAAGGCUGCCUUUGUCAGACUAUACUUGGUCUCUCAAGGACGAUUCCCCUUGAUGGGCUUGACUGAUGUGCUCAGUGUUGCUAUUCGGCACCAUGAAAAAGACACACUGGCCUGGAUGAUACUGCACAGCUUAUACCAGGCACGGAUUGUGAGCCACGCCAACACCGGCUUGUUGAAGAGAAUGGAGUGGCUCUUGGAACUGAUGGGUUAUAUCAGAAAUGUUGCUUACCAGUCAGCGUCUGUUCAGAAUGUGGCUCUUAACGAGGCUUUGGAUUUCUUGUUGCUGAUAUUUGCAGCAGCAGUGGUUGCAUGGGCAGACCAUGCUGCCCCUCUGCUCCUUGGCCUCAGUGCCAGUUGGUUGCCAUGGCAUCAGGAAAAUGGUCCAGCUGGGCCAGCAUCAAGGUUCCUUGGCAGAAGUCCCUUGCACAGGGUCACUGUGCAGGAGGCUGUCACUCUCCUUCCCAGUAGCAUGCCUCUUCUGCUGCAGAAAGAGCCAUGGAAGGAACAGACCCAGAAGUUCAUUGACUGGCUAUUCAGCAUCAUGGAAAGCCCUAAAGAAGGCCUCUCAGCAAAGUCCAGGAAUCUUUUAAAAGCCACCCUGCUGUCCUUGAGAGUUCUCCCAGAGUUUACGAAGAAAGCUGUAUGGACCAGAGCGUAUGGUUGGUAAACAGUUUUGCAGUAGCCAGCAGUAUUCUCAGCUGGAUGAGGAAAACCAUACAGACAGAAGGAAUUUUUCAGAAUUCGUGUCUCGGCUGACUGAGAUGAUGCAGAGAGCUGAAGGUCAUGAAAGGGUGGCCACACAACCGACAGCUUGAACCGUGCACGCCAGGACAGGGGCCACUGCUUCAGUACCCAGGCCAUUUGAGACUGAAACCAGAACUUGGAUUUUCUUUUAUUUGGCUAGAGUUCAAUCUAAAGAUUUUUUGUGAAAAUCUAAUUAUAUCAUCUCCCCACUAAAUUCUAGUAAAAUAAUCCUGUGAAUUUUG